GCAGAGAGGAGGGAUUUCAUUUCAGUCCUGAACUGUUGCUUUUUACGGGACUUUAAAUCUGGGAGUGUGGACUAUGGUGGAUUGCUACAAAACGCAAGCUGUGAGCUCUUUAGGACUCCUUCCCUCAGGAUGAAGCGGAGAAACAGUUAUUCAUAAAGGAACCACUUGCAGUGGCAAAAGCUGAAAUGAAACUACCUGGAUGUACAGGUCAGCUCUGUUGACCAGACUACCUGGUGCAAUACUGGAAAAUAUUAACUAAUAAGCAAGAACAGGGAAAGCAGAAAAUCUCCAAAGAGCUAUGUUUAUAUUUUUCUCUUAUAAGGCAGAGGUAAAAUAUUCAUUCUGUAGGUCUUCUAUCGAUAAUUUGUGACCACUGCUUCUAACAUAUAUUUUACACUUUUAGCAGUAUUACCUUGUAACAAUGUAUACAAUGUUUCUUGGUAAUGACUUCUUAAUUAUUUGCAUGUCAUAAAUAGUUUUUUGUUCUAGGCUAAGCAGUAAAUGUAUUAGUUUGUUAGUGAAAUGAUGAAUUAAAAGAAUAAUUUAGUUGAUUAAAUAAUUAAUUAACUUGUUCAAAGUUCAGGCUUGAAUAAUUAACACUUGCUAUGUCCAUUAUUGGAAUGUUCUUAUAAUCUCUAAUAAGUAUUUAAAGCACCAUGGUUAGUCCGUCUUUUCUACUCCAUGUUGUCCUGGCUACUUUACUUUGGUGCACCUCACAGGCCCAGAAUGAGGCAAUCACUGUAAUGGACAUGCAGCUGACCAAUCGGACAGUAGAUCCAACUGUUACAUCAGAGGGAGCACUAAUAAUGACCUCACCUGCAGGAGAACUAGUGGAGGGAACAGUCCCACCCACAGGUACCCGCUGUCAGGGUUAUUAUGAUGUGAUGGGACAGUGGGACCCACCAUUUAAUUGUAAUGCAGGUAUCUUCCUAUACUGCUGUGGCACCUGCUUUUACCGAUUCUGCUGCCAGUUCCAUCAGCAACGUCUGGACCAGACCUCAUGCUCCAAUUAUGAUACACCAAUUUGGGCCAACACAGGUAAACCUGUGGCAACUAUCACUGAGGUGCAGUCAGAGCAUGGGAGGGAUCGCACACAAAUGAUUGUCUACAUGAUUUGUGGCGUGGUGGCCAUUAUGGUUCUGGUAGGAAUCUUCACCAAGCUGGGUUUGGAGAGGCGAAGAGGCGGACAAAAUGACAUCACCAAUUCAAGGACUCUGCAGGAACUGCUGAAGCAGCCAGGUGGGGAUGUGAGCCCUGUAGAUGGAACCAGUAGCAGCAGCACCACUCCUGGAAACAAUGGCAUUUCUGCUCGGAUGUUACGGAGCCGCAGUGAGCAAUAUCACAUCAGCAACACUCCAUUCAGCCCAACAGUUGGACUCUCACAUCCCCAAAGCAACAACAGCCUGCCUGGUCUCACACAUAGCAAGUAUACCUCACUGAAGGCUGUUGCAGACAUGGCUGGCAGAGGUUACUAUAAAAGCUAUCCAUUCAUGGACUUCUCUCAAUACCAAACUCUUUCUGCACCAUUUCAACCCAUCCCAGUGCACCAAAAAGACAAGUCUUUUUUCUAUCAAGACAAGCCCUACAUCCACCAAACUCUGCCUUCCACUGACAUCCACUCUGCUCUUUCUAUUUCCAUCCCCACCAGCCAACUUGAGAGAAGCUGCAUUCAAAAGACCAGCACUCAUCCCUUACACCUGAGUUCAAGCUUCACAGUAUGCGGUACUGCACCCAGACAUGUCCAUCGGCAGACUUCACACCCUGGACACCCUAGUCGCAGGCAGACCUAUGCUGGUAGAAGGCAGUACAGCAUAGAGAUGCUUCCUGAGCUUUUCUCACAACCCAUGUCCCAUGAAAGACAUUUGUCCUACCCUCACAAACACAAGAGCUUUAAAACCAACAGCAAAACAGAAGUCACUGUCUAAGAGUCCUCAGCUGUUUCAUUUUAUUUAAAGACUGACUAAUCAUAUGGCUCUCUUACCACAGCUGCUUAGCUUUCCACUGGGUUCCUCCAGCCUCAAUAAUUCAGUCUCUGUCCUCUGGUCCUUAUGCCUCUGCUACAGCAUACUAUCCCAUACACACAGCUGGGAAGUAAGUGUGUAGCAAGAUAUACUCCAUUGGUCAGCUCACAACAGUGUUAGCUGAUUAUCAUUAUGUGGAGCUUUUCUCAGAAAUGAACCCAAAAUGAUUCAGUUUAUUUGAUCAGAUGAUCUCAGGCAGAAGAUGAGGUCUCAUUUGAAGCAGCCUGGCACGUGAACCCGGGGAUGACAAGAACACAUUCACUGUGGUUCUUAUGACAGAUCUAGUUGUUUUCUUUUGUCCCUAAAUGCCAAGUUACUGUAUUACAGAUCAUGCACAUUAUGUUUAUACCACAAAUGAACACAAAUAACGUCUUCAAUCCUGUUCUCCUACUCUUAUCUCAGCUCCUCCUUAUGGAUCAUGAGUCUGGGACAGUUAAAACCACUGUGAUGCUGAGUUGCAUUUUUCUGAACUGUUCUUUCACAUCCAGCUCUCAGCAAGGGAAGCCACCUCCAAUUACAAUUCCCAUUUGUUGAGCUUAUGGUCCAGAGCACUAAUCUGGAACUGUGAAAUCUCUUCCCCCUAUGCUUUAGCACAGAGAUCUCUCAAGAGUUCUUGAAGACUGUGACAUUUAAUUUUGCAUGGAUGGAUGAAGAAUCAUGUCGCUCCAUUAUAAAAUACAACUUAUGCAUUGAAUUCCACCUUCUCACCUUUUAACAUAUUAGUUAUUAGCAGUACUUGUAGUAGUAGAACUAAAAUCUCUUAAAACGAUCCUGAAAUUGAGGAAUAAGCUGGUGGGGAGACGAAUUUAAAAGAGUGAAGAUUUCAAGCACAUUUAAUUUACAACAAUGCCAAUUGUUUUAUAUACAGUAUAUACAUUUUAUAAAGUGUUUGUAGUAUUCACCAUAUGAAUUAUGAAAGUGCUUCCAAUAAUCUUCUGUAUAAGCAUUUUCUCAGCCCUCCUAACUCUGUGAACAUCACAUUUGUGCACUUUUGUAAUCUUAAAUGUACAUUUCAUUAUUCUACAUGUGAAUAUGUGCAUGUGUGAGAAGAAAGUUUGAAUAACAGAUAACACUGCAUUUGUAUAGCAACUUUGUGGAAAAGUAUGUACAUGUACUAAUAUGUUGUGUUGCAUUGUACACUUAUAGAAAAUGUAAAAACUUCAAUGGUUCUUUGUUUGUCUGUUCGGGGAAUCCCUUAAUAGUUGUAUUUAGAGUUUCCCCUGUCAGAAAGAUUUCCAAGUAGAACAACCCCUUUUUUUUUUUUUUUUUUUUUUUACUUGCAACAACAAAUAAUUCAGUGACCCCUAAAAAGAACUUUUAACAACUAUAAAUAUGUUGUGUCUGUAUAAAUGUAUCUGCUGUGCACUGGAUAUGCCAAUAUUAUACUAUUUACAUUUCCAUUUAAAGGGCUUUUUAGAACAAUUAAAAGCAAAUAUUUU